AGACGCCUGAAUUUCAAGGGACGGAAGGGAAGCAGGAGGUGCUGGCAGGUCCAGAAGUCCAGAACCUCCAGCUGCCGUGGGGUCUCCCCCGGCGCGGCCCCAGGACCGAGCGCGCCCUGGGGGCACCUGCUCCUCCCCGCUGACCCCGGGGCAGGCGGGGCACCGGAAAGUCCUGACCUCACGCCCCCUCCUCCUCGCCGGCCCGGCCGAGGCCCCAGGGUGGGCGAACCCGCGCCCCCGCGCAUCUGCGGGCGUAUUUUGGACGGGAGUGGACGAUGUGAGGAGGGUCCGGUCAGGGUGGACCCCGCCCAACGGCCCUCCAGACGGAGCGCCCAAAACCCCGAGGUCCUCAGCGGGCGGGUCGUCACUCGGGCGCAGUGUCCGGGGGCAAAUGGAACUGUGGCCUGUCAGGCGCCUCCGGUUGGAUCCCUUCCCACCGGUAAGCCGCUGCCGGACCCGUUAUAGGGCCAAGUCGCGCGGCCUUGGAGGACCGGCCGAGGCCCCGCCCAGCGGCCGGAAGAGGGCGCGCAGGGCCGCCCCCUUCCGACUGGGAGACACGCCCACUUCCGGGCGGGCGUGGCGUGGUCGGCGUGCGCUGUCCGCCCGCCGGUCCAUUCCGCUUCCUUCCGUCCGUCCGUUUGUGCGGAGCGCGGAACCCGCAGAGCCGCCACACGCUCAGCCAGGCCGGAUCGGAGCGGCCCCCAUCAUGGGCUGGGGAGCCGGCGGGAGUUGCACCCCGCGCCCGCCCAUCCACCAGCAGCCGGCACCCGAAACCCGGGUGGUCGCUGUGGUGUUCCUCGGCCUCCUGCUGGACCUCCUGGCCUUCACCUUGCUGCUGCCCCUGCUGCCUGCGCUGCUGGAGAGCCACGGCCGUGCGCAGGAUCCUCUUUAUGGCUCGUGGCAGCGCGGGGUGGACUGGUUUGCUUCAGCCAUUGGGAUGCCAGCCGAGAAGAGGUACAACAGCGUCCUGUUCGGAGGUCUGAUUGGCUCCAUCUUCUGCUUCCUGCAGUUCCUGUCAGCGCCCCUCACGGGGGCCAUCUCUGACUGUCUGGGGAGGCGCCCGGUGAUGCUGCUGUCCCUGGCAGGCCUGGCCACCUCGUAUGCCGUGUGGGCCACUUCCAAGAGCUUUGCGGCCUUCCUGGCCUCCAGGAUGAUUGGGGGCAUCAGCAAGGGGAACGUCAGCCUCUCCACCGCCAUUGUCGCCGACCUGGGCUCGUCUCCUGCCCGCAGCAGGGGCAUGGCAGUCAUCGGGGUGGCCUUCUCUUUGGCCUUCACGCUGGGCCCCAUGCUCGGCGCCUCCCUGCCCGUGGAGACGGCGCCCUGGUUGGCCCUGCUCUUCGCGGUCUCCGAUCUGCUGUUCAUCUGCUGCUUCUUGCCAGAGACGCUGCCCCCGGAGAAGCGGGCACCGUCCAUCACGCUGGGCUUCCGAGCUGCUGUUGACCUGCUCAGCCCUCUGGCCCUGCUCUGCUUCUCAGCUGUGGCACGUGGCCCGGACCCGCCCACCGGAGUCAGGCUGGGCAGCCUGCGCCUGCUGGGCCUGGUCUACUUCCUUUAUCUUUUCCUGUUCUCGGGCCUGGAGUUCACGCUGAGCUUCCUCGUGCACCAGCGCUUCCAGUUCAGCAGCCUAGAGCAGGGAAAGAUGUUUUUCUUCAUCGGCCUCACGAUGGCCACCAUCCAGGGCGCCUACGCCCGGCGGAUCAGCCCUGGCGGGGAGAUCGCAGCUGUGAAGCGGGCCAUCCUGCUGCUCGUCCCCGCCUUCCUUCUCAUCGGUUGGGGGCACACGCUGCCCGUGCUGGGCCUGGGGCUGCUGCUCUACUCCUUCGGUGAGUGGCCCUGCCCAGGCUGGCAGGGGUGCGGUCAGGGGCCGGCGGCCGGGAAUCCUGGAGGGUCGCACCCCUGUCGGCCCCUCCUCCAGGCUGACGGGCGCCUCCCUGAUGUCCCCUACCAGCCGCUGCCAUCGUGGUGCCCUGCCUGUCCUCUGUGGUCGCCAGCUAUGGCUCUCCCGGGCAGAAGGGUGUGGUCAUGGGCACGCUGCGAAGCUUGGGCGCCCUGGCCAGGGCUCUGGGGCCCAUGGUGGCCGCCUCAGCGUACUGGCUGGCCGGGGCGCAGGGCUGCUACACCGUGUGCGCGGGGCUCUUCCUGCUCCCCUUCUCCCUCCUGCGGAAGCUGAGACCGGCAGCAACGCUCAAGGCCGAGUAGCUGAGCCACGCCUACCCCAGAGCGGGGCAGCCAACGCAGGGAGUGGGAGGCCUGGGCCAGGACGGCUCCCCACUGCCCGCCUGACCCCUCCCUCCCCGCCCCCCAGCCUGGGGCGGCCCAGGACUCGCACUUGUGCCUGUGACACUCCUGUGUGGACCUGCCUGCUGGGAUCAGACUCCGAAACCUUCCAGGCUUUCUGUUCACUUGUCUUUUAUACUUAGUGACACACAGCGUUCAGCCAGGCCUCUGAAUGACCAAAUAAAGCAGCUGUUUGUUUUA